GCAAAGCGGCAGCACCGCCAAACCAACGUGCCAGCACACGCACCCUCCCAGUCCCAGCAAGCAGCGAUGGCGGCGAGCCUCGUCUCCGUCCCCGUCGCCUUCCUCCUCCUCGUCCUGGCCGGCUCCCGCGCUGCGCUGGCCUCCGAGACCGUGGAGCAGAUCUGCGCCGAGGCCACGUCGGGCGGCGCGCACUCGGACCUGGCGCCCUUCUGCGUGGCGUCGCUCCAGGCGGCGCCCGGCAGCGACGGCGCCGACGCGCGCGGGCUGGCCGCGAUCGCCACCAACCUGACGCUGGCCAACUACACGGCCGCCGUGGCCACCAUCAAGGCGCUGGAGCGGCGCGGGGGCUGGACGGCGGCCCAGCGGGGCGCGCUGGCCACGUGCCGCACGCGGUACAUCGAGGCGCUCAACGUCGUGCACAGCGCCGUCCACGCGCUGGCCGUGGGGAGGCUCGAGGACUACGCGGCGGACAUGGCGGUCGUCGGGAAGGCGGCCACCGACUGCGAGGACGCGUUCGGCGCCGCCAACGCCGGCGGCGGGUCGUCGCCGCUGCGGAAGGUGGACGAGGACGCCGUCAACCUCACCACCGUCGCCACGCUGAUCGUCAGGUCGCUGAAGAAAUGAGGGCGGAUCAUCGGCGCUGCCUAGUCCAGCUGAUUCGACGGAAAAUGUAGCGAUUGAGCUGUGAUCUUGAGCUGUUUUGGUCAAGAAUAACAGCAGUGUGCCGAAGAUACCAAACCUUUGCUGCUCCUGAAUGAACCAUGAUGACAUGUUCGUCAGUUCUUCCUGUUCCAGCAAA